AUGAGUGUGCUGUUGUUACAGAUUUUAGACCAGAUGAAAGAGCAAGGAAACGACUACGCAGACAAGCUCCAUGGCUCAGAGUGCUCUUUCGAUUCUUUCUCGUUUGCCGAAUCGCACUUGGGCGAGACCACCAGUGAAGUUCCCAGUAGGAGUGUACAACCAGACACAUUUCCAACGCGACAGCUGUUUUACCUAGCGCUUGUACGACUGGCCGAACCUGUCGCCCUUACUUCGAUAUAUCCGUACGCUUACAGGCUCGUGGUCCGUUAUCAGGAUGGCGAAGAAUCGAAUGCGGCCUUUCACGCAGGCCUCCUCAUCUCGGCGUUCGCCUUUGCCGAAGCCUGCACCGGCAUGUAUUGGGGUGCACUCUCGGACAGAAUAGGCCGAAAACCAGUACUGUUAGUUGGGUGUGUAGGUACUCUCAUAUCCCUCCUCUUGGUUGGCUUUGCGCAAAACCUAUGGAUCGCCUUAGCUGGCAGAACACUCGGGGGCCUGCUGAAUGGGAACAUUGGGGUUAUCCAAACUAUGGUUGGUGAGCUGGUACGAAAACCUGAACAUGAGCCUCGUGCAUAUGCUGUGAUGCCAUUCAUAUGGUGUAUUGGAACUGUAAUUGGCCCUUCAAUUGGUGGCUUGUUCGCAGAGCCUGUGAAGAACUUUCCAUCUAUGUUCUCUUCAUACGGACUCUUUGCACAUUUCCCAUAUCUUCUGCCCAAUCUCAUAUGCGCCACUUUACUACUUGCAUCAAUCGUUACAGGCUGUUUCUUCCUUACAGAAACGCGUCCAGACUCCGGAAUGGGCGACCAAACCAAGGACACCGCGGACGACUCCCAGAUGACAAUCUCAGACGCUACAUCAUGCCUCUCGGGCACCAAAUCAUACGGAACUUUCGAUGGUAUUGGAGAAUUCCAGAACCAAGAAGAAUUCGAGCCCAUCAAUCCAGCACGAAGACUCUCUGGAGAUACAGUCGUCGCCGAUAUGGAAGAGCCAAGCGUCUUCAACAGCAGCGUAAUCACCCUCAUCGUCGCAUUUGGCAUAUUCACCUACCACACCAUGACCUAUGACAACCUUAUCCCUAUCUACCUACAAGGCCGCGACUCGGACGUCCUACGACCUCACCACAUACCCCCACUUCUACAAAGUCCAGGACUUGGUCUCUCCGUGCGCGAAGUCGGCAUCGUCAUGAGCAUCAACGGAGCCAUCGCGCUCUUCAUCCAAGCGAUCAUCUUCCCCUGCCUAGCCGCACGUAUUAGUACAUGGCGGCUCUUCAUUCUCGUCACCAUCGGCCAUCCAAUUGUCUACAUUCUUGUUCCACUGCUCCCACUGCUGCCGGAAACGUGGCUAUAUACUGGUAUCUACGCGUGCUCCUUCAUACGCGAGUUCUUUGCCAUCGUCCAGUAUCCGCUGCUACUGAUCCUUCUUAAGAAUGCCGCCCCGUCGCCGGCACAUUUAGGCAAGGUCAACGGUUUGGCUGCUAGUGUGGGCGCUGCGUGUCGGACGAUUGCUGGGCCCGCAUCUGGCUUGCUCUGGGGACUUGGCCGGCGCAUAGAUGUCACGAUGCUCGCGUGGUGGGCGAGUGCUGCUAUAGCUCUCGUUGGAGCAGCUCAAGUAUUCAUGGUGCGGAAGAAGAAGGGUGUUGGCACUGGUGAAGAUGAUAUCGAAGAGAUCGGCACUGGAGGAUGCUGA